AUGUUUCAACUACUAAAUUAUUUAUUUACCAUAGUGACAUUUAUAUGCCCUGGUAUUUUAACCAUUAAAGCCUUGGAUAAAUCAGUUCAAUUCAAUUAUUCCAGUUAUCAAUUCCUAUUGAAUUAUUGGCUAUAUUUCAUAUUAUUACAAUAUAUACAACAAUUAUUGACCUAUAAUACUGUCAAUACUUUAUCAAUUAUCAAUUAUUCAAUAUUUGCCAUAAAAUUUUGGUUAUUUUAUGGUAAGAAUAAUAAUUUAAAAUUAAUCAAUAAGAUUUUGAUUGAUAAAUCUAUAACUAAUCAAAAUUUACAUUCUAUUGAAACAAAAUUUAUUAAUCCAUUGUUAAAUAGAAUUAAUCCAGAAUUUGUUGAAUUGAAUUUUCAAGUUUAUCAAUUGGGAACAACUUAUUUAAAACCAAUACCUACAGGUCAAGAAGUUAAUAUUGUUAAUUUUACAAGGGGUAUUUUCCAAACAAUUACUACUAUUGUUGCUAUUUUUUCUGAUGCUGUUGUAACUGCUGGUUUCACUGCUAGUUCUGGCUCUGGUUCUAAUGGUGGUAAUAGAAGAAGAAUUAAAGGUUCUUCCGCUUCAUCAUCAAAUACAGCCACAACAAACAAUACCAAGUCUUCACCAUCAUCUUCAUCCUCAAUACUAAGAAAAAUUAGAAAACUGCGUCAAAGUUCAUCUAAUCACAAUACUAAUGGUACUGUUUCCCCUGAUGUACGUUCAAGAAGUUCAUCCAUUGGUAAUAAUAUGAAAAAGAUUUCAAAUUACAUGAUUACUCCCAACUCUGUCAGUUCUUCAAAUCAAUCCAUCCAUUCAUCAACAAGUUCUAUUACUAGUGGUAAUCGAUCAAAUCUUUCUUAUCCAACAUCACCAAUAAUUUCCCCUGCUACUUCACCACCACAACCUCCUUCCAAACCAUACAAUAGAAAUGUAUCUUCACCUCCACCAUAUGAUGAAAUUAUAAAUAUUCCCGAAGUCAGUUUAUCCCCACCACCACCACCACCACAAACACAAACUAAUUAUCCUACUACAACCAUCAUUAAUGGCGGUGGUAAUAGUAGUAAUUCUAGUAGGAGGGUGUCCCGAUCUUCAGCAGGAAGUUUUGAUUUGGAUUCUACAAUUAUGGCAUUUAGACAGCAGCAGCAGCAGCAACAACAACAAGCACAACAAAGAUCAAUGUCGCCUGCUGCUACUUCUUCUGAUGGAAUGAGACGUUCAACUAAUUCAAUGACUAGAUUACAAGAAGUGUUAGGUGUCAGAGGAAAUAACAAUAAUGAUAAUGCUCAUAAUAAUGAUUUACCCCCUGCUCCUACCCCUGCAAUGAUAAGUAAUUCAAGAUAA